GUAGGUGAUCCCUCGUGUGUAUCUUCUGGGCUAUAUCUUCGUCCCACGCCGCAGCUAUCCACCGCUGUGCAAACAAGUAGAAGAUGCGAUGUGCCAGCGCUUAUUGAACACUGCGAGUGAUCAGGUAGCCUUCUAGCCUCAUUGACUGAGCCAAUGCUACUCGGGUUGAAUCGACAAUGCCAUCGGUCCGUGAAGUAACCAAGCUGCCACAGUAGUAUGACUGAGUGAGAGCGAGCACACGGACUAACGCGAGCGCUGCUCCAGGGGCUCCAACGCUACACAACUUUCUUGCAACUUGUGCGAGUUGCAGCAACUUUAUGCUUUGGAACGUUCCACAAAUGUUCAGGAUUACCUUUAACGGCUACUGAAGUAACUGUGGUGACGAUCAAUAUUAACUGGAGAAUAGAAAAUUGGGAUUAUUCGGAAGCUAUAUUCGCGAAGCGUCGUAGUUACCCGAGUGGAUUCGUCUACACCAGGAGGAGUAUUUAGUUUAUUCGGAUACAUAAACCUGAGGUUCGCUUCUGUGUAAAGUGAUUUCAGAGACCGGGAACUCGCCGAACCAGAAGGUGUCCUGGGAUCAAGGGGAAGAUAACCCAAAUGUCAGGAUGAACGAGGACCCCGCUUCCGCAGACAACGAUGGGGCUAUGGACGGCGUAAAUGCGUCAUAUCUAUAUCUGCUCCAGCACGAAGUCAACAUGGCCGCCAUGACGACCCGAGUCCUGCGUGACAACGGAAGUACAGAUCCCGGAAGUGACAACAUUACCCAACUCAUCAUGACAACAAUGGCAACAGCGCCGACUUUUGACGAAGUCAGCAUGACAAAGACAAUUGUGUAUUGGGCUAUGUUUGUCAUGUCCUUCGUCGGAAAUGUGGCCACAUUGAUUCAGAUGUACCGAAUGAGACGACGAAAGUCAACAAUCAAUACAUUAAUAGUGAACCUUGCGAUAGCGGAUUUAUUUGUGACGUUUUUCUGCAUCGCGGGGGAGGCUGUUUGGGCGGCAACUGUACAAUGGUAUGCGGGUAAUGUGAUGUGCAAGUUUGUUAAAUACAUGCAGGUGUUUGGGCUCUACCUCUCCACCUAUAUAACCGUGGCUAUAGGCCUUGACAGGUGUGUGGCCAUCCUGGAUCCUAUGAGAAGGAACGGGGCAACCGUCAGAGUAAGGGUGAUGAUUCUCCUCGCAUGGAUAUUCAGUGCCUUAUUCAGCGUGCCUCAGGCCAUUAUAUUCAACGUGAAAAAAGGACCAUUUGUAGAAGACUUUUACCAGUGUGUCACGUUCGGAUCGUACGCUGGAGAGUGGCAGAGCCAACUGUACACAGUCGCCUCCCUACUGCUCAUGUUUGUCAUUCCACUUGUUACCAUAGGAACGGCUUAUGGAUUAAUUUUCUGCACUAUAUCAAGAAAGUCAAAAGAAUUCACAGUUUUAGAUGGGAUAUCGUGCCUCGCCAAGAGGCGUCGUUGUGCAGAUCAAUGGCAGACAUACCAAGGCAUCAUGUGUAUGUCGGGCUGCACCGGCAGCAAAGAGUCUAUCACCUCAUCGUUAUCGAACGAGUUUUCACGAGGACCCGUGAGGAGUAAUCUACUGCGCAAGGCAAAGCGGAAGUCCCUCCGGAUGUCCAUAGUGAUAGUGUUAGCUUUUGUCGUCUGCUGGUCUCCUUAUUACGUUCUCUUCAUCUGUUCAACCUUCUUCUGGGAAGAAUUUAACCCAAGGACAAACCUGUGGUUAUUUUUCAUCGGGAUGACCAACUCGCUGCUCAAUCCCAUGAUCUACGGAGCCUUCCAGCUAUGCAAGGUGAACACAGCAAGUUCCUGGAGAAGAGGCGGGUCGCCAAACUCAAGCUUGAAACUGAACGGGAAUUUGGGGAAAAGCUCUAUCAGAGACACACCUGUUAGCCUCAACACCAACCCAACGUACAACACGCCUCAAGUGGGAUCUACACGAGGGCUUAUCUUCACUAGUCGGUGUAGUCGUUGCGGUCGAUGUAGCAACAGCAGCAACAACAACCAUCGCCUCCGCUACAAAGGUCACUGCGAGAACGGUGUAUGCAGGCAUAAACGUGACAACGGAAAGAACCGACGGUUCACGACUGGUGAUGUUCGGUAUUGCUGUUUUUCCAACACGUACUAGUGUUCGCAUGCUAUCGUCCAAAUGGCCUAUUAAUAUUCUACGCACACAUGUUGAGAAUAUUGAAGGAACAGCAUAUAUAUCAACAUUGAUAGUGACCGUUUUUGUCAACUUACGAUAUUGUGUCCUUGUUUUCGACAUUUUGAUGUUCCGAAUUCAAACGGAAACGUCCAUACCUGUGAUGUGAUGAGGUUGGCGAGCGUACACGAUACCUUUCACGUAAUUGUGCAAACAUAAAGGAAAUGAUUUCUUGCGAUUGUGAAAUGGUUUGCUGAAUCCAUUGUGUACACAUCCAGUUAUAUCGUCACACACCUAUUCUGGUAUGGUCAAUGAACAAUAUUUGCUCAAGUGUAUGAUAUAUUGCCGAAGAUGACAUUUAUGUUGACACUAACCUGAUAUCUUCACAUACAAGGACUGUGUUUCCAAUGCUACAGACUAGAGAUUUGGUCAGCGUCAAUCCGAAGAAGCUACGCUGACGUUAUUCUUCCUGAUCUUUCACCUGAAUAUUUCAUGAAAUAUGUUUGAUACCAAUUAACAGAUGAUAUUCUUCUGAGAUAACUUAUAAUGAGUUUGUGUACUCCACAACGGCUAUGACAUAUCUGCGGCUGUUGACUAACCCUGAUUGUGUUUCCGAUAUUAUGUCAUCAUAUGCCAGUCAUUAUUAUGUUGCUGAUGAGCUCAACUGUCUCAGGCCAGUAGAGCUUUUAUAAUGUCGUGGCGUCCGGUGCCUGUCGAACCGACCGCCGUCCUGCGAAACACACGUGUGCUUUCCUGAUGAUUAUUUGUACAAAUAUUGAUGAAUUUGAACUCAUUUGGUUAUGGACAGACCCUAACUACGGACAGUUUGAUUACCUGAAACGUUACAUGAACAGAACAACACUGAUGUUAGGAUGGUUACCUGGUGAUCAGUUGUAGCCGUGCAUACCUAAAUAGGGAACGAAUCUGUCAAAGAGAAGUCAAAGCUAGUUAGUUGCCUUAACCUUAAGCCAGGAUAAAAUGGUUUCUUGGUAAUUUCCACAGACGGAAUUACAUCAGAAUCAAUAAGUGUACAGGUAAAAUAUGCAGGUCACUGGACAAUUUAAAUACAUGAGUUUAUAUCGAUGCCAAAUGUCUAGAAUCAGUUGAGCACAUGUCCAAAAGCAUUGAAUAUCUCAUGAUUGUAUAUAGAAGUCAUUUUUAAAAUAAAAUAUUGGUGUCCAGAAGAAUAUAUAUUAACCUUUAUAUGUGUCCUUUCUCAACAACAUCAAUACAUUCCUAGAUGUGCAUUAUAUCAUUUCUCUCUAUGUAUUUAAGAUGUCAAUUAUGAUAAGUUAUUGUCAGUAGGAAUUCUUUAAUGACUUUUUAAACAUAAGUUUUAAAAUCAACUUUAUCCCAUUCAUUCAUAGCUGACGUAUUUCGUAAAUGGUGUUGGGUGAUCAUGUUCGAACAAGAGACACUGGUUUCUCUUUUUUUUUAGACACAUAGCACAAAGUAUGAAAUAAAACAAGAUUUCUUAAAGUGUUAACAUAUCCUUUUUUGGAGUGAAUUCUAUGUUUCUUUAAAAUACCACUCCCUCGACCUCAGAGACAAGGAUAACAGCAAGGUAUAUUCUCCGACUUGUUCAUUUUUUCUUUACUUCAAGUUUACAAAUGUGUAUGUUAGCAGAUUUGCAUUAAUUUCAUGUCUGACUGUCAUUUCCUCAUUUAGCAUAAUCCUUUUAUGUCACAAAAUCGUUUCAGCGGAUAAUAAUACUAUUAUCGUGUUUUCAAAAAGUAUUGGAAAGGUAACUUGAACGUAUAUGCAUGACAAGUGAAGAGAUAAAUGUUGCUGUUAUAUGCUUUAGGUUCGUAACGUCAUCCAAUUAUUUAGCUAUAACACGCUGAAUGAUUCUUAAUUGUCUGUACUGAUUGAAAGUAUUGAUAACGAGAAGCCUAUGAAGCAUAUAUGUAGAAUACAUCCCUCUUAUUUCAAACGGGACAAAUAACACCACUCUGACAUGGCUAGACGUAUUUGAGAAAUGAGCCUUGUGCAUGGCGUUCUGCGUGGGAAACGAAUUCAAAAUAGACCAUGAUCAGCGAACGAGUCAUCCCAAACUAGCCGACUUCCACAAUGACGGCAUUCAUAUUCCUUAUUGUGUGUCGCUUAUGCAUAAUACAGCAAGCUGGUUGAAUCUGUGAUAUAAAUCCAAGGGUGACGUAUGCACGUCAUUAUAUGGUGAUGUAUAAAGACAAUAUCGACGUAGAUACGGUCAAGAACUAGUUACCCGUUUGCUUCCAUGUCUAACCUUAACUAUAUAUUCAAUGUGACAUGAAACUGUUUGGAUAACAUUUCGGAUGAGGCAAAUUUUGCCGUAGCUACAAUCCAAUAUACAGAGGGACAAAAUAAACUGUACCUCUCAGUUGAUUUUAUCAUAUGUUUGAUUUCAAUUGAAAAUAUCUUAAGUUAGCUAUACUAUAUAAACAUGUUUUACAGUACUAGGGCUCAAUCAACACUCAAAGAAUAACUCUACAUGGUAGUAUUUUUUAGAACAUAAUUCGAAUUAAAAACUAACGAAACGACUGAGUAUACUAUGAAGGUUCUAUGAAGUCAAUAAAUUUUGUUUUUAGGCAUAUAUUAUCAUCUCAAAGAUAGUUGGGGUCACGUGGUUGCAAAUUCAUUCAUUUGCUAUUGUCUAAAGCUGGUGAUUCGUAUGUUAGGGACCGACCUGGUGGCUUUCUGUGAGUGACAGAAUAUGUUCUCGGUCAAGGUAUAUAUUUUUCUCUGCAGAUUUCAUUUUUAUUAUCAAGCACAUUAAAGAAUUAAUGUUUAAGAUACCUUUGGCAAGAUUAUUUCCCAGGCCUGUCCCUUGUUAACAAAAUGUAGAUCAUGAGACAAACACGUACUAACAAGUUAUUACAAAUUAAAUACACCACGCUUAAGAAGAAUAGAUGGAGUGUACAUAGUUAUGUUUAUCUCAUGAACUGUUAAACAGUACGUUUGCUGAGGAUAUGUGUAUCGAAUGGACUGUAAACUUCCUACAUGCAUGUGGCAGUUUUCAUUUUCUAUAUGUUGGUAUUACUGAGUAUAGGAUUAUACAGCAUGUGCACUGGUUGAUCCGCGACAAAACAAUGUUGCAGCUUAUAUGUUCAACGCACUUGUUUCAUGAUUUCAUGAAAUUUUGGAAUGUUCAGUGCGAGUGAUAUUAGACUUCAACAAGACUUCUUGAUAAAAGUAUUAACAUUAUUUGAUUUGAAACAGCCGGACAAAAGAAAGCAUAACCCAAUGUUUGAUGGUGUCUAAAAAUGAAACAAACAAGAAACGGUUAAUCGACGGUGGUGUAUUUGAUACGGGUAUCAUAGUUGUCUUCUAGGCUUAAUUUGCAGUGUUUCGGCGAUUGUUAUGAACCUUAUUAUGUUUUGAUAUCGUUUGUAAUUUGUUGGUCUACUACAAUUCUCCAUUGUAUACUUUCUUUUGCCCGGCGCUAUGUAUACCUUUUGACCCCUUCCCACCAGCUGGAUACUAGUACUUCAUAAUUACAAAGAUGUCUUUUUAAAUUUGUAAAUUUGUAGCAUAAUAACUUCAGUUAACAUUCCAUACAAAAAUCAUGAUCCCAAAACUGAAACAACAUAUACAAAAUACUGGAAAUAAGCAAUCAGAAAACUAACCAUACGUAUCUUAAAAACUCUUCUAAUGGAGACUUCAAAACAAACAUAUCCGUAAGUAGCAGAUGGCUCUCCCUUAUGGGCUUGAAGUGAAAGAAGCAAAAGAGGAAGAUGAGAUUAGAUAUCUGACUCACUGUAACGAUAACCUCUGUAUUCAAAGAUACACGGCUCCGUACUUUCACUCUUUCAAACUAAUUGACGCUAUGUCCCGUCGUCCUGUGUCAGUUGGGAUACAAUGGUUUAUUUUGUACCUACCGCUAAGCGGUAUGUUAACAACUGUUGUCAGUGUACUUGGUUGUAGGUGUUGUUGAUUUUGUCCUAGCUCUACGCGUCUUUCCAUAUUAUAUGACACAGCUAAGUACUAAGUACAUUGCCUGCCUACAGGUGGAUUGCUUGAGUACGGUAUUUGUUCAUUAUGAAUAAACUUAUCGAUUGUU